UGGAACUUUGUCUGUGAAAAUCGAACUGGCUUCACUGAGUUCGUACAAACCGUUAUGAUGAUAGGGCAAGGCGUCGGUGCAGUUUUGUCCACAUCUGUGGCCGACCGAGUGGGGCGCAAACCUGUUUUUAUCCUCUGCAACUUAUGUAUGUUUCUGGUUGGCCUUGGAGGUGUCUUCUCCCCAAAUAUCUACGUGUUCUUGGCAGUCAGGUUUUUUACUGGAUUUUUCCAGCAGGGCACAGGCCUGGCAGGCUUCACUCUCCUAAUGGAGCUCACGGUGCCGGAGCACAGACGCUAUGUGGGCGUCCUGGGCGGCACCAACUGGAACAUUUCGAUGGUCAUGCUUGCUCUCACCGCCUACCUCAUGAGGGAUGCUUCAUGGAGGUCUAUGCAGUUAGUCACAGCUCUGAUGGCCCUCAAUGCACUCAUCUACCCCUUCCUCUUGGUGGAGUCCCCUCGGUGGCUGAUCGCCAACAAGAAGUAUGACCAAGCCUUGGCAGUCUUGAAACGGGCAUGUAGAAUGAACGGGAAAGACUUUUCGAAAGUGCAAAAACUCUUCAACAGGAAAAUCCGCAGUGUUGAAAAUGGAUUGUCCGUCUGAGCAGCAGCCAGACUCCGAGAAGUACAACGUGCUGGACAUACUUCGCCACAAGUCAUUGCUUAAGUCUUCCCUGGUCAUCUGGCUGACCUGGAUCACGUGUUCUAUCACCUACUAUGCCUUAGUUUUGGCCUCAUCUUCCCUCGCGGGGAACCGCCAUCUUAACUUUUUCCUUAUGGCACUGGUGGACUUCCCCGGUGACCUCUUGAUCAUACUGGUGUUAGACAGAAUCGGCCGACGUUUUCUUGCCAUGUUUUCUCUCGGAAUAACUGGCAGCGGCCUUCUGACUGCUUCACUACUUAUGGCAUACGGAGUUUCGGGUCUGGAACGAACAUUAACCACAGUAUUCUCUUUGGUUGGAAAGUUCGGCAUCGGUGUUUGUUUCAGUUGCCUGUUUAUAUUCACUCCAGAAUUAUUUCCAACCAAUCUCAGGUCAGCGGGGUUAGGCAUGUGUUCAAGUGUAUCCAGAUUUGGGGGCAUGAUGGCUCCCUAUUCGAGAGUAUUGGCCGAUGUAGUUCUGUGGGGCCCAGGAGCUAUCUUCAGUGGUAUGUGUUUUCUAUCAGGACUGCUCUUCAUCAACCUCCCGGAGACAAAAGGAAGGUCGCUGCCCGCUACAAUCCAUGAGUUGAAGAGAUGGAACAGCGGGAAGGGUGAACAGAAGACCCAAAAACCUUUAGCCCGUGACAUGGAAAUAGAAAUAACGCCAACUGAACCAAGUAUAAAUGGGGAAAAGGAACUCAUAGGCUGAAGAGCGGAAAGUGAGAAAACAAACACCAGAAAAAAAUGUUGAGAGAGGGAAACCAAAUGAGAAAGAAAGAAAGAAAAAGAA